GGGCAGAAUUGUAUCUUAAUAAAUUCUUUUGGAUUAUAAGAACAUGUUAAACUACUUUUAGGGGACCUGUAAUAACCAUAUUUUUGUAAAUAUUGAAUUUAAAAUAUCUUUUGGCACACGUCACGUGACCAAACUCGAAACGUCUUUGAAGAUUCUGAUGACGUCACAACUCUCGGAUUGACACCGUUGACAGUUAGGCGAUAAACAACAAAUGACAAAUGUCAGUUGACAGUUCGUAUCUUCUACGUGUGUAUGUACUUAUGUGUCAAACCGUAAACUGUGAAGUCACACAAUUUUCAUAGAGCGUUUUGGGCGCGAAUGCAUCUGUCAAAAUAUAUUUUGUUUAUUUAACAUAUUUAAAGCCGUUUUUAUUAGUAUAAAAGUUGAAUAUUAGGGCAACUUUUAGUUAAUAUAGAACGUAAUACAAGCGUUUUAAAAAAUUGGAAACAACCCUAUUAGAAACAGAUGCGGCCGGCCCUCCUUGACUUCUCAUCCGGAUCCUUCAACUUAAUAACAUUUUGGUAAAAAUCGUAUCGUCUGUAUUAGUUUUGACAUUUCUGUGCUGGCAACUCAAAAUAACCGAUUGUCAUUUUUAAAAUUUCUGUAAGUUAAUAGGUUUUGUAAGUUGCUUUAUAGUAAGUUAUUAUACAAAAUGGAUCUAAAUUUAGAUUUUCUGCACAUCCCACGGGAUCCACCGAAUGCUUCAAAGUUUAUUGUGGAUUUGUUAUUUAACAAGAUAUAUCCAUUAAUAAUUAGAAUACGAACUCGCUUACAAGCUGAUAUAGAACAAGACGAGGAAGGCACACAUAUUCUGAAUGUGUUUACUUUGUGCUGCAGUCAGAUCAAGAAAUGUGUACUCAACUUGUUUGAUAUCUUCAAACUCGAAAAUCAAGAAGGAAUACUGCUACAGGAAAGUCGACAAUGCACCAUAGAGAGGUUAUCUUGGUGUGUCAACAGACUUGUAGUGGUUGAAGACAAAUUAAAAGACUUGGCGCAGAAUACUCAAAAUGACUUAAGUUGUGAAGACUCUCCAUUCACAACUCCCAUUUACUUUGUCAACUGGAUGGAUCAUACUUUUGAAACUCUUUCUAAGCUGGCUGAAAUUAUUUACAAAACUGAUUACAAAGACAGUGUUGAACUUUAUUUUGAAUGGAAAAUUGAAUUAUUAGACUGCAUGCGACAGUUACACUCUGCUCUGGAUGAGCUGCUGCUGUCUGCCAUGACAUUGUGCAAGUAUUGCCUGCCGUCAGACCAAAUAAUAGUGAAAACUCGGUGUCAAGUGGUCCUAAGAGAAGCUAAAGUUUUAAUAAAUGAAGUCAUUGAAGGAGAUACAGAUGGAAAAUUCAAUGCCACAGUAAACUCACUGAAAUUACCAAUCAUGCCAACCAAUGUAAAUGUCACAAUUGAUGUCCUAAAGGAUGUCCUUUACGUUUUGGAGACAAACACAAACACUGCUUUGCUAGCACUAGUUGUUCACUGCUUCAGUAACACUGUCUCUCCUGUUGACAUACUGAAAGGACAUUUUGAGAACACAGAAGGGUGUCCAUGUCAUGAUACUAGUGAGGACAAUAUUGUAGAAGAUUGUGAAUAUGUUAAAGACUUUGAUCUCUACAGUGAGAGGCUUCUGCAGAUUGGAUCUUUCGCUGUAUCUUGUUCUUCAGAUCAGGAAAGAAUUGUAUCUCUAAGAAGCGGCCUUGCAAGUUUGGAAGCGCUGGACCCUCAUCUGGUGCCGGCAUUGAUGGUUUCUCCCGGUAGUUGUCACGCUGGAUUCCUCUCUGACUCCUGGCGUAAGGAAGUACAGGAUAUAAAGGACAGUGUUUUCCUGAUUGUGGACCCGGCUGCAUUCGCAGAGAAAUCAAAACAAAUGAUGCACCAGACCCUGCUGCAACUCUUCAACACGAAGAAGUACGAAAGUAGCGUUGUGUGCAGUGUGAUCAACCUGGGCGGCGUGGUUCGUGACUUUUUCGAUGUCUACAUAGAACAUGAGCCUGACGCGCUGUCUUGCCAAGAAGCUUUGUUGCUGUUACUGGCUGACUUGAACAAAGCUCUUCAGGAGUGCAAGGUGGUCAGCAACCUUCUCUGCUCAAAGGACGAUUAUUCGUAUGACAUAAAAAAACCCACGCACAAAAAAGAGGUCUCUCUGGAGCAGCUUUUUAAACGUCUGAAACUAUUGUACACACUGGUUAAUAGAAUAAACCAGUUGCUUCAUCCCGACGAUAAUGAUGACCAGUUCUUUAAAUCGGAGAUAGCAGAAGAACAGCCGACCAUUCAAAAUGCCACGUAUACAAUGAACCCUGUAAUUGGCAACACUUAUGUUAGCUCCCCAAAAAAUAUACCCAGUAUGACACGCAGUGUACUUGCAAAAACUGCCAAUAUAAGAACACCAGCGAUGAGAUUUCCGUUGAAGAAAUUAAUCCAUCAAAUUAAAGCUCAAAAAUGUAACGAGUUAAAUUUCUCCGUACAGCUCGACGCGAUGUUUAACCUGUCUGAAUUUGAAAAUGAUAAAAAAGAAAAAGCCGAAGUUCACAAAAGCUCGAUUUUGUACAAUUUCUCCCCCAAAAAGAACAGGUCGUCGCUAAGGAAAAUGGUUUUAAACAAAUGCUAUAACUUGUGUUCUGAGAAACAGUUGGAAAAUAAAGGCCUAAAGAGCGAAGUGCUCUUCAAAGAGAGUCUCAUGGACGACACAACAAGUUUACAGAUUUCAGAAAUCCUUGAACAGAUGCACGACAUGACGAAACUUCUCUCCAAAACGAAUUCGCGAGUCAAUCGCACAUGGUCCAUUUCAACAAGGAACACCAAUCGGAAUACAUCACUAUCGAAAUACUUGUGCAACAUACCGCCUAAUGACAGUACCCUGGAAGUAGAAGUGCGUUUGGACGACACUGAGGCGAAUGCUACUAAUGCAACGGUGCCAUCCGAUGUGUCAACGUUAGAGAGACUGAAGGAUUUGAAUCGUAUUGAGAACAAAUUGACUAAUCUGAAGCUAUUGCAUAGGGAAACUCGUUUGUAAUUAAGGGUAUCGCUUACAACAUCGAAGUAGAGUAGUUUGAUGUUUGAGUAUGAUCGCGCCUCGCAUUUUCAGUUUGGAUUCAUAUCUCACGGAAAAUUCGUCGAGCGGUUCCAAUUUCGGGAUAAUUACAUGCAAGUUAAAUCCGGAUAUUGACGCCUAAGGCAGGUGCGCUGAAAGUUCGUUAGAAGGAGAGUAGCCGAAAGCUGAUGACAUAGAACCGCCUGUCGUUUCCGUUUUGGGGAGAAAGAAACAUUUAAAUCCAAUUUAGAACAAAUUGGCUAACCUGAAGGUAUGGGAAUAGAUUAUUUUCAUAUAAAAUCGAGGAAGAAACUGCUUAUAACAUGAUUUUAUAUUUAUUGUUAUUACAUAAACAGAAUCGUCUAAAAAUAGUAUGUAUCGAAUUUAGUAUAUUGAGACUAGGUAUAAUGUACAAGUUUACUUUUAAUAAAUCAUUAUUUAUAAGAUACACAAAAAUUUAUUCACGACAAUUCGUUGCAAGUAACUUAAAUGCACAACUGUGAUAUUAGGUACCUAAUUCAAAAAGUGAAAAAUAACACUCAGUAACUCAACUCAGCUAUAAGUAUUAUUGUAACGGAUUACUACAAACUUAUAAAACGAAAUAUGGCAGCAACAGCCGCAAAUCAUUCGCUACUUUUAAAGAAAUAAGAUGCAACGCUUAUAUUUGUCAAGCAGUUCGUAGUGAAGUGGCAGCCUCCGGGCCAGCUUUUGCCGUGUUGUUCGAGAGAGCGAUCGUGCAUAAACAUAAAGAAAGGUCAGCCACGUUUCUACCGCGAUGUUUUUACAUUGUCGCGAACGAGUAAGACUCUGAAAAGUGAACUUUGUAUCUUCAUUUGGUUUAUAUCUUGUCAUUUAAUUUAGUCCAUUGUAUUAUAUAAAAUAGUUUUAAAGGAUUUAAAGUAUUAAGUAAGAAAAUGAAUUCCGUCCGUAUCGUGUGGUAUAGUUAUAUAUGUAUAUUUAAUUUUAUUGAAUGUUUUUUUACAAUUAAUUACUAAAUAAAUAUUGUGGCCGUAUAA